GCGGAGCGGGUGGGACGCUGUCUUCAACUUCAAAUUCAGCCCAGUACAAAUGAUUAUUUCAGAGAAGAGAAACUCGAGUCGCUCAUUCAAAGCCUUUUAAAGAAGUGGCAGUUUUACUUGUGUCCGACUAAACUUUGAAUUGCCUGAUAGGAGCUUUGUUGUAAGUUUCUUUUAAUCUUCGGUCCGGGCAGCAGGUGUUCGGUGACCGCCACAGAGCUCAGUUCUCUUCGUUUGAUGAAUUCAUUCAGCCAAACCACACUGCAAGAACGUUAGGUGAGGACUUUCAUUUAACUUUACGAAGAUAAUAUUUACAUAGAUUCACUGCAAAACCGAACUUUAAGGAUUAACUGCUGGAACAGAGCUUAACCGUUGAUGAAGGUGUUUUUUCGUUUACGAGGAAUUUAUACGGGACGUUCUUGGUUCUUUUUGCGUCUUGGUUAACCUGUUGGAUACAAGAAGUCUUAUGUGUAACCUUACACUUAACUAGAAUAAUAAAGCAAUAUUUCCCGCGGACUGCUCCAAACGGAUAAAGGCACAUCUAAUGAGCACCGAUAUGGAUUGUAAGGGAUUCUUCAAGAGUCGCUGAAUGCCGUGGAAAUGCUCGAAAUGAUCGGGUAGAUAAUCCGACUGCAAAUACGUCAAAACAACGUGGCUUUACAGGAGAUAUUGGCGCUCUAAGCGGAUCAAUUAAAUCCGGUACACUCAAACGUAUUAAUACUUAACUGGAAUCAAUACUGAAACAUCAUGAGCCGUCUCGGGACACAGAAGAGCGGCUCGCGAUUAGUGAAGGGAUGUUCGCGGAGCAUGUCGUUAAUUUUGGAGCAGCGUACGGAGACUUGGUCCUUUAGGUUUGAAGGUCUCGUUUUUUUCAGUGCUAAAUGCGCGGACGAGGGUGAGAGCUUCCCAAAAGCCGUGAGACAUGAAAGUAAAGCGACCGGGAAAGUCGCGGAUUCGGAGCUCAACUCUCCCGCGUGUGGGAUGAAUGAGAAUCGCCUCGUAAAUGCGGCGAAGCGGAGCGCGCACUUUAGGCUUUUCUCACAAACCUCCACAUCUGCCAAGGUUAUAGAUUCCAGUUUUAGCGGGGGUCAGAGCCCAUUUACCAAGGGCAAAGUUAAAGGGAUUAUUCACCGCCAAGGAAAUACACAGAAGGUGAUGACCGGGAAAGCGAAGUGCGGGAUGUGGGGUUGGAUUUUUGCCCUUGUGUUCCUCUGGAAUACCCACAUGUUGCGCGCUCAAGACACGGCUCCGUACUUUAAAACAGAGGCAGGGGGUGCACAGACACACCUGGAGGGGAACAGACUCGUGCUCACCUGUCUGGCUGAGGGCAGCUGGCCGCUGGAGUUCAAAUGGAUGAGAAACAGCACAGAUAUCACUGAAUACACACCAGAGUACAGGUACACGAUUACGUCGUUAAAGCGUGAGGACGCGGGUGUAUAUCAGUGCGCAGUGAGGAACAGGAUGGGAGCGCUGAUCCAGACGAGGGCCGAUGUUCGUGUGGCUUACAUGGAUCACUUUGCUGAACUGGAACAGAGGAAAACGGUCUCUCAGGGAAGAGCUGCUGUCCUGAAUCCUCCCGCUGUGACCAGUUACCCUCGCCCUCAGGUCACAUGGUUCAGAGACGGCUUCAAGAUCAUUCCUAACCAUCGAGUAGCAAUAACAUUGGACAAUCAGCUUGUGGUUUUGGGGACGGCGGCAGCAGACGCGGGUCGGUAUUAUGUACAGGCUGUUAACGAACGUAAUGGGGAAAACAAAACCAGCCCUUCCAUUUACCUGAGUAUAGCAAUAAACAAGAGGAAUCGUGGUUCCCUUGACGUUAUUGCCCCGGCUGAAUUGGUUGCCUCGGUGAUAGUGAUUGCACCUAAGAACACAUCAGUGGUUGCCGGGGCGAGUGAGGCUACUCUUGAGUGCGUUGCUAAUGCGAGAUCUCUUGACAGGCUGCAGGUGUUCUGGAAGCGUAAUGGGGUGAGACUAACAGCAGGAAUGGACUCGUUCGGACGCAGGCUGGUCAUCAGUAACCCCACCUCAGCGGACGUGGGUCUGUACGUGUGUGAGGCUGCGCUCAGAAACAGCAGUCAAAAGAGCACAGAGGCCAAAGCGUACCUCUCCGUGCUGGAGCCUCCAUACUUCACGUCAAAACCAAAAAGGUCUGUGAUAACAGAAGUUGAGAAAACCGUGGAGCUUCACUGUCAGGCCAAAGGGGUUCCCACACCAAAGCUGGAAUGGUUCAAAGAUGCCAUCCCCCUCUCCACACUGAACAACCCUCGAUAUAAGCUCACCUCCUCAAUGGUUCUGCAAGUACGGAGAAUUCAGCUGGAGGAUGCUGGAAUUUUCCAGUGCUUCGCUGAAAACACAGCCGGAGAAAUCCAGGCAUAUACCAACUUGGUCGUCACAAGCGUAUCGCCAUCUUUCACCACGCCCCCUUCUGACAUCACUGUGACUGAUGGAACGUCAGCUGUCUUUACCUGUGAGACAUCCGGUGCACCCAAACCUGCCAUUGUUUGGAGGAAAGGUUCUCAGGUGUUAGCGAGCGGAUCGGUGCAGAUGCCUCGUUUCACUCUGCUGGAGUCCGGAGGCUUACAGAUACUCCCCAUAAUGCCGAGUGAUGCUGGAAACUAUACGUGCUUGGCAUCUAACGCUGAGGGACUGGUCAAUGCAACCGUGGCCCUGACAGUCUUGAGUCGAACCUUCAUUUCAACACCCCCUGAGGAUCAGCGUGUCAUCAAGGGAACUACCGCUGUGCUGAACUGCGCCGCAACCCACGACCCCAGAGUCACUGUCAGAUAUGCAUGGAAGAAAGGAACCAAGCCUCUGAGCGUGUCGACUGGUGGGCGAGUGUCAAUGAAGGAAGGUUCGCUCCACAUCAGCCAGACGUGGUCCGGAGACAUCGGAGACUACACCUGCAGGGUCAUCUCACCUGCUGGAAACGACUCGAAAACCGCCCGACUGGAAGUCAUAGAACUUCCCCAUUCUCCACGUAACCUUCAGGUGGCUCUGAAUGAGACAGACAGCAGAACAGUUCUUCUGUCAUGGGUUCGGCCCUUUGACGGGAACAGUCCUCUCCUGCGUUACAUCAUUGAGCUCUCUGAGAACAAUUCUCCAUGGAAGGUCUACAUGGAUGAUGUUAGUCCAGCACUAACUAGUUUGCUAGUAAUUGGUCUAACGCCAGCGAGAACGUACCAGUUCAGAGUGUGUGCUGUCAAUCAGGUGGGACGUGGACAGUACAGCUCUGAGACCAACAGGCUGAUGCUGCGUGAGGAACCACCCAGCGCACCUCCAAAAAACAUUGUGGCUAGUGGUCGUACUAACCAGAGCAUCAUGGUCCAAUGGCAGCCACCCCCUGAACCACAGCUCAAUGGAGUCCUGAAGGGCUAUGUGCUCAGGUACAGAUUGGCAGGUCUGCCUGGUGAGUUUCAGCUGAAGAACAUCACCAGUGCAGAGAUUAAUUACUGUCUGAUUGGAGAGCUCAUCAUCUGGACGCAGUAUGAGAUCCAAGUGGCUGCCUACACUGGAGCGGGCCUGGGGGUGUACAGCCAGUCUGUUACUGAGUACACGCUGCAAGGAGUCCCCACAGCGCCCCCUCAAGAUGUGGAUGCUGUUGCUCUCAACUCCACCACCAUCAAAUUUACCUGGACACCACCACCUCAGCAGUUCAUCAACGGCAUCAACCAGGGAUACAAGCUGCUGGUGUGGCCCGAACACUGUCCGGAAUGCAUUACCAUGAUGACCAUUGCCCCUGAGUUCCACGGGUCACGUCACUAUGGUUACGUUAGCAAUUUAAGAAAGUUCACAUGGUAUGAGACGGCAGUACUGUGCUUUACCACGCCUGGCGAUGGACCAGCUAGCACACCACAGCUGAUCCAGACGCAUGCUGACAAACCGGGCCCAGUGACUCAACUGAGCUUUACUGAGAUCUUGGACACAUCUCUGAGGAUCGGCUGGCAGGAACCGGAAGACAAGAACGGCAUUAUCACAGGUUACAUCUUGUCUUGGGAGGAGGCCGGUCAGAACAAAACCCGUGUAUCUCAGGCUCUGUCCAAUUCUACGCUGACAUACAAAGUGACCGGGCUCACUUCGCUCACCACAUACACACUGCAGGUGGCGGCGUUGACACAGGCCGGCACCGGUGCUGCCACCUCGUCGACCAUCUCGACAGGACUGCCGCCAGAGCUUCCUGGUGCACCCUCCAAUCUGGUCAUCUCCAACAUCAGUCCUCGCUCUGCCACCAUAAAGUUCCACCCCGGCAGUGACGGAAAAACCGCCAUCUCCAAAUGGAUCGUAGAAGGACAGGUGGGGACUGUGGGUGAGGACGAGGAAUGGAAGGUUCUGUACGAGAUGGACAGUCCUCCAGCGUCAGACACUCUGGAGAUUCCCAAUCUCAUCCCAUUUACUCAGUACAGGUUCAGGAUGAAGCAGAUGAACAUUGUGGGUUCGAGUCCCUUCAGUCAGCCUUCUCGUAUGAUGCAGACCCUGCAGUCCAGUCCAGAUGUGGCCCCGACCAAUCUCAUAGUGUUUUCUGCUAGUGAAACCAGCCUGAGGAUUCGCUGGGAGCCGCUUCCAGAGGCAGCUUAUAACGGAAAUCCUGAAAGUGUGGGUUACCGUGUACGUGCACAGAGAGCAGACGGGCUUGGGCAGCUCCGGAUGGAGGCGGUUUCUGAGCGCUUGUCUCGGGAAGCGACGGUGGAGGGACUUGAGGAGUGGACGGAGUACGAGCUCAGCAUUCAGGCCUUUAAUGGCAUCGGGCUUGGACCCUGGAGCAGUCCUGUGCUGGGCAAAACUAAAGAGUCAGUUCCCUCUGGUGCCCCAGAAAAUGUGAGCGCAGAAGCAAUGAGCUCCACCAGUAUAUUGGUCACCUGGGGUUCGGUCCCUGAACACCAGAAGAAUGGACACAUCCUUGGUUACAAGGUAUUGUACAAAGAAAAAGAUUCAGAGCGGGUUCCCCAGGUCCAGCUGGUGAACGGGAACCAGACUCACUUGCUGCUUUUAAAAAACCUUAGCAAGUUCAUCUUGUAUGAGGCUCAGGUGCUCGCAUUUACACGUGUCGGAGAUGGACCACCCAGCCUCCCCCCUGCAGCUGAGAGAACCAAGGAUGAUGUUCCCGGUCCACCUGUCAGGUUGGUGUUUCCAGAGGUGCGUCUCACGUCUGUCAGAGUUGUCUGGCAACCUCCCUCGGAGCCAAACGGCAUCAUUAUGGGUUAUCAAAUUUCUUACCGUUUGGAUAUCAACGACCCCAACAAGUUCACCACGGUUGAGGUGGGAUCCAACGCGCGUCAAUUCACAGUGACAGGACUUAUUCCAGAAUCGGCGUAUGUUUUCCAAAUCACAGCACGCACUCAAAAGGGCUGGGGACCCCCGGAGGAGGCCAUUGUCAUAACGACAGAAAAAAGAGAGCGGCCACAGCCCCCUCGACGACUCACCAUGCCUCAGAAAGGGGUGGAGUCUCAUAAGCUGCGACUUCAUUGGACGGCGGGGGGAGACGGCUCUUCCCCAGUGCGCUACUUCACCCUACAGACAUUAGAGCUGCCAGACGGCGAGUGGAAGACCCACACAUCCUCCAUCGGUCAUAAUAACACCUCCUGGGAGGUGGAUAGGCUGAAGCCAUACACCUCUUUCAAAUUUAGAAUGAUGGCCACAAAUGAUGUGGGAGACAGUGCCUUCAGCAAAGAAACUGAGCCAGUUACCACUCUGCAGGAUGUGCCAGAUGAAGCGCCUGUCAUUUUGAACAUCAAACCUUCAACCACAACAUCUGUGAUUGUCCAGUGGCAGCCACCUGCAGAGGGAACUGUCAAUGGGAUUCUUGUGGGAUACCGCGUGUAUUACCGAGAACUUCCACGUGAAAACAGUCCAGACGAGCCAAAGACAGCAACCAACCAAUCAACAAUCAGUCCUGAGUUCAGAGCUAAGAGCACUUUUAAGACAGUGAGCAGCCCUUCAUUAACAGAAUUUGAAUUAACGCAGCUCAGCAAGUACAGACGAUACACGAUUGUCAUGACAGCAUUUAAUGUUGUUGGAGAGAGCCCUUCAAGUGCACCUGUUGAAGUGUUUGUGGGAGAAGCAGCUCCUUCAGUGGCUCCUCAGAACAUACAGGUGAAAUCUGUGUCCUCCAGUCAGCUGGAUGUAGAGUGGCAACCUCCACCUGUUGAAACACAAAACGGAAAUAUUCAAGGAUACAAGAUCCAUUACUGGGAAAAGAACAGGCAGAAUGAGUCUGAGAAGGAGCUAGUUUUGUUUGUUCCAGAUACAUCCGUGCACCUGAAGAACCUGACAUCCUACACCAACUACCUUGUGCAACUGUCUGCAUUUAACACGGCGGGGGACGGGCCGCUCAGUGCAGCCCGUGAAGGACGCACCCUGCAGGCUGCUCCUGGAGCACCCAGUCACGUGGCGUUUUCAGAGGUGACGGGAAGCUCCCUGAAUGUGUCAUGGGGAGCUCCUCUGCAGCCCAAUGGAGUGGUGGAAGGCUACAGAGUGGUCUAUGAGCCCACCGCACCAGUUCAUGGUGAGCAGGAUAUGAGGAAGAGUGUCAGUAAGACAGUUACAGUGGAGAUCAAGGGGAACUGGCAGCGCUGGCUGAAGGUUCGUGACCUGAUGAGGGGUGUGAUCUAUCGCUUCAAGGUUCAGGCCAGAACUAUUAGUUACGGACCCCAACUGGAAGCCAAUAUCACCGCAGGAGCAGUGGAAGGCUCCCCCGGUUCGCCCUUGCAGACCUCAGUCACAAAGUCUGCAUCAGCUUUGACACUUCAUUGGUCAGAGGGUGCAGAAGGGGCGGGACCUGUCACAGGAUAUGUCAUUGAGGCUCGUCCAUCAGAUGAAGGAUUAUGGGAUACGUUUGUCAAGCAUCUCCCACCUGGCAGCUUCUCGUACACCAUCAGUCUGGACCGCCUACGCUCAGGUGUGGCCUAUGAAUUCCGUGUCAUCGCAGUCAAUCGCUUUGGUUACGGUGAUCCCAGUCCGCCUUCCACUGCGAUGUCUGCUCUGUCUGAAACACCUUUCUAUGAGGAGUGGUGGUUCCUAAUCGUCAUGGCUUUGAUCAGUCUCAUUUUCAUUCUGAUGGUUGUGUUUGGUUUGCUCCUGCUGGGGCAGAAUAAGAAGUACAGGAGCUGUGGAACAGGAAAACACAUUACUACAGUAGAGGAGUCUGUAACUCUUGACAACGGUGGCUUCACGGCUCUAGAGCUGAACAGCAGACAUCUGAACGUGAAGAGCUCUUUCCUAAAGAAGAAUGGAACAAGGUCUCCUCCACGGCCCAGUCCAGGUGGUCUCCACUACUCUGAUGAAGACAUAUGCAACAACUACAACGGGGCUGUUUUAACAGAGAGCACCACCCUCACAGAGAAACCCACUGAGCUGUCAGAGUCAGAGGUCAGCGACAGCGACUACGAAGACGAGCAGCCCAAGCACUCAUUCGUAAAUCACUACAUGAGCGACCCCACCUAUUACAACUCAUGGAAGCGGCAGCCCAAAAGCGUGAAGACCGGAGGAGGGUAUGAGGAAUGUGCCAUGACGGAUGCAGAAGGGGGGUAUUAUCAGACUGUGGUGACCCAGCACAGCGUAGGGGGCGUCUACACCCCCACGGGGCAGCCCGCACCAGGAACACGCACUCCAGUUACUGGCUUUUCCUCAUUUGUCUAAUGAACUGAUGACUUGAAACAAACGAGGAGGCUGGAGACUGGAAGUUGAGCCCUAAAACGGGACGAAUCAAACUGUUGUGCUGGUUAUUACGGCAAAUAAUGCCGUACAAGUUUCUCAUUUCCCCUGAAAUGUGUAUUUUAGGCCUUCUCUCUUCAAGGAAGGGAGGAGAGCAUUGAAGUAUCUUAUUGUUAACGUGUUAAUGAUUUUUGGGUGGAUUUUGCCAGAUUAACCGUGACCCAGAAGAAACGGAGACUUUGCACUGUGAGACUCUUUAGUAAGAGGUGGUAUUAAUUUUAAAGACUCAAAGACCCUCUAAGACGGAUGAAGGAAAUUCCUUUGUUAUGAAUUCCCGUUCCAUAGCAACCUUCCGGGAUUAGUCGUGAUGUGUGGGCAAACACACGCUUGAGUGAUUCACUGAAUCUCGCUCUGAUCUCCAAAACUCUAAUUGAAGUUGAAACAUCAGCGGAAACUUGUACAGUGUGUGGUAGACUGGAACAACAAUGUGUUUUGUGUGUGGUUUAUUUUCAUGUUGGGGACAGGCGGCUUCGUUCUGGACAAAAAGCAGCACUGAAAAUACUGCCUUUGCACACGUAUUGCUCUCUUAAACCAAAAGAGUGAUGCUUUAAGCGGGAAAAGAAAAUGUGUGCUCGCAACAGACCGUUUUCUUAGGUUAGCAAUACUGUAUGUAAAAUAUGCUGUAAGUGUGUAUAUUUUUAGGAUCAAUUUUGUACAAAAAGGAAACAUUUUUACUGUAGAGUAGAUUUGUGCCAAGUCAAUGUAGUUCUUUAGUGAUGCCCACAGCGGAUCAUUUCAGCAAGUCACAUCCACACUGUUUGUUUGACUGGCUUGCAGUGUAUGUACAAUCCAGUCACCCAGAGAGAUGAUAAGAAUUGUCUCUCUAUCCCAAAUAUACACAGAUUUCUCAUCUCCUUCAAUGCUGAACAAAUGUUUAUUUCAGUUUGAAAGAACAUCAGUGCUAAAUUAAAUACAGUACAUGAGAUGGAAAAAGAUGGGUGGUUAAAGAUCUGGGCUGGUAACUAAAAGGUUAUAAUGCUAUAGUGAUACAUUCAAGCACUCCUACACUGUAAAAAGUGA